AUGACAGCUUCUGGAGACGGUCGGACUCCAGCAGGAUCAGAACGUAUUCCCCAGGAGAGGACGGGGACAGCGCUGACAUCAGGACACGCACUCCAAACGAGCACUACGACCCUGCUAACCACACAUCAGAACCGGCCGUCAGUGUCCUCUUCCGUCCUGGACUACACCACCAGAACACCCACUGCAGGUCCCCCCGACGAGGACUCUCCAAUCGAGCCCGGGGUCACAGCAGGAGACGAAAACGUGUCUCCGAGUAGCACAACCUCACAAACACGUCCAAGCCUGGAGAUCCGGUCUGCUUCUACACCAAGAACUUUGAGCCCCGCCACCAUCCAGCCGCCCAAGGUCUACGUGGUGCCGGACCAGCCCCCCGCCAUCCGAGUGGAGUCCAUCGAGUUACUGCUGCAGAUCAUCGUGGAGGAGACCAGCUCAGCUUCGGGUCCUGGCUUGGAGGAGGACACCAGUGCCUGGGUGGAGCCCUACCUGCAGAGGGCGCCUGGCUUCAGCAGGCUGCAGGGAGUGUGGAGCAGCGGUCACGCCGUGCAAGCCCUGCUGGAGUUCGACACCAGAGGCGCCCUGCAGUGGCUCGCCGCAACGGGACCCUCCUCGCUACUGGAGCAGAGCGGAUUGGCUGCGGCCGCUCGCGAGGGGAGGAGCUUCAGGUGGUCCAAGGUGGUCAACAUCACGCUCGGAGGUGUGCAGGCGGACGUCUGUGAUUGGCUACUUCAGUGUCCAGCGGGCUUUCGGUGUGCGUCUCCGCCCACUUCCUCCAACUUCAGCUGCCCCUCCUCCUGCCACUUUGACUUCUGCCACCAUCACGGCAUCUGCACGCACCACCCGGGACAACUUCCCGUGUGUCGCUGCCUGGUCGGCGAGGACUUCUGGUUCAUGGGCUCCAGAUGCGACGUGAGGAUGACGCGGGCGCGCCUCGUGGGAACGUGUCUGGCCAUCCUGCUGGUGGCGGUGGCGUUCAUCUGCGCUCUGGCCUUCGUGGCCGUGAGACGCUACAGAGUCGCUCUGAUCCAGGCCAAGGUGGAUCAGACCAGGAGCAGUUACCGCAGGUUCAACCACUUUGACGAGCUCUCAGCUCGAUUCUGGCAGCGCUCCACGGCGGGCUCGGCCGACUCCAUGGACAAUCCUGCGUUCACGCGCUCCGACGAGCUGCUGCACCUGCGGGCCCUGGACCGGCCCUGCUGUUACCAUGACGACACGCUGUCGCUGGCCUCCACCUGCACCAGCCACGCCACGCGCCUCAACACCAUCUACCCCAACAGCUCCCAGUACGCUUGGCGCGGCAGCGAGAUGAGCGUGGGCGACGGCGUGCUGGACUCGGGGAAGGCCAGCGACCUGUCGGUGUGCAGCUGGCCCGUGGAGCCCAUCCACUGGACCCCCUUCCCGCUCCUGCGGCAGCUGGCCUCGCAAAGGACGCACCCGCAGGUGCGCGUGUCCAGGCCGCGCUCGUACUGCGAGGGCAUGGAGCUGACGGACCUGAACCGGAGCUGGACCGCCUGAUCAAAGGUUCUUGCUGUGUACAUCAAAGGCUGUAACUUUGUCGUACAAUAAAUGUCACAUGUGUCUGCUGU